AUGGAAGAGCCGAACGAAAUUAUAGCUGAAACCAAUUGGACGAGUAAACCUAAAAUAAUCAUUAUUGGGGCCGGGAUUUCUGGAAUAGCUGCCGGGGAGUACUUAUCUCGUAAAGGAUUAACUGAUUUUAAAAUUUUAGAAGCUUCUCAUCGAACGGGAGGACGAAUAUGGAGCGUUAGCGUCGACGAUGAAGGUCAUAAAGCGGAAAUGGGCGCCAAUUGGAUCCAUGGAAUUGAACGAAAUCCAAUUUACCAAAUAGCAGAUCAGAAUCAUUUGUUAGAGCUGCGUCAUGCCAACAGAAAUUUGCGGCGUCGGGAUUUACACUUGACCGAAGAUGGCGAUGUCAUCAGUGAUAAAAUGGUGAACGAAGUUGAUUUCUCUUACGGCAUGUUAAUAGCAGAGUGUGAAGAUUUUUUUCAUUCGAGUAUCCCCACCCCCGAAGAGGAUGACAGUGUGGGGGCACAUCUUGAACGAGAAUUUCAAGAAAAAUUGGAUAGAUACAAUAAUGGCGACCGGCGAUCCCGCCAGAUGAUUUUUGAUCAAAGGAUAUUAUUAGAGUGUUGUAUCACAGGAUGUGACAACAUGAAUGAUGUGUCUCUAGAAGAGUUCGGAUGUUACGAAGAAUUACCCGGCGUCCAUUAUACAAUUCCACCCGGAUUUGAAGCCGUUUUGGAAAUCCUUAAAAAAAAUAUUCCCGAGGAAAACAUCCUACUGAACAAACCUGUUAAAUGUGUGAAUUGGGCCAAUUCAGAUAAUAAUAAAAGUGCACAAGAAGUUUGUGUUGAAUGUGAGAAUGGUGAAAAGUUCUAUGCAAAUCACGUAUUAUGCACUGUUUCCCUUGGAGUACUGAAAGCAGCUUGUGAUCGAAUGUUUCUCCCUCCCCUUCCCAAGGACAAGCAACAGGCCAUCCAAUCAAUGGGCUUUGGUAUAGUUGAUAAAGUGAUACUGGAAUUUGAAGAGACCAUCGUGGAAUCGGAUGUUUUCAGAAUCGAACUAUUAUGGGAUAGAAGUCAAGUGAUAGAUAAUGAUCUACGGAAAACGUGGAUGCGUAAAAUUUAUUCGUUUGAAGUGGUUCAUGAAAACAUACUAGUCGGAUGGUUGUCUGGAAAGGAAGCAUUAUUCAUGGAAUCAUUAACAGAGGAGCAAAUAGCAGAAGAUAGUCGAGAUACCUUACGCAAAUUCCUUAAAAACAAUGACAUUCCUCUUCCUAAAAGAGUUAUCAGAACCCGGUGGGGCAAUAAUCCCUAUACAAGGGGCUCAUAUAGUUUUCUAGCUAUUGGUGCUCGUCAGAAAGAUAUAAUGACAUUACAAGAACCACUUACUGCCGGUGAUGAUGAAAAGCCGCGAGUUUUAUUUGCCGGUGAAGCUACCCAUACAACAUUUUAUUCUACUACCCAUGGUGCACUACUAACAGGAUAUCGCGAGGCUCAACGUAUUGUUAAGAUGUAUACAGAUCAGUAG